AUGGAGACGAUAUCCGAGGAGGACGAGAUUGAAGAUAAAAUAAAGAAACGCUAUGGAAAUUUGGGGAAUGUAUUAUGUCACACAAUUGAUCGGGGAGCGAACGCAAACAUUGGAAUCUCGCUUGCGGGUCAUCGCGAUCGUAAUAAGAUGGCAUGUUUCAUAGCUGGAAUUAAUCCGAAGGGGAUUGCAUCAUCGACGGGUGGGUUGGAGAUUGGUGAUGAGAUUCUCGAAGCAAAUGGAGUUGUAUUGCAUGGGCGGUGUCAUUUGAAUGCUUCGGCAAUAAUUAAAGGCCUUCCAGGGCCAGUCCUUCAGUUAAUAGUUCUUAGGAGAAAACAGGCUGUAGAAGAUUUAGCUGUAAAACCGGUGACUCAAUUUCCUGUUGAAAUAUCCAAUGAAGACGCUUUUGCCAGUUUUAAGAAUGUUCGUCAUGUAACAAUCAAAAAGGGAAACCAAAGCUUAGGAAUAAUGAUAAUAGAAGGUAAACAUGCGGAAGUUGGACAAGGCAUCUUUGUCUCCGACAUUCAAGAAGGAUCUAGCGCUGAAAAGGCCGGACUCAACAUUGGAGAUAUGUUGUUAGCUGUGAACAAAGAUUCGCUUUUGGGAUGCAAUUAUGAAACGGCAGCUAGUAUGCUUAAGAAAACUGAAGGCAUUGUGGUGCUAACUGUGUGCAAUCCUAACAAGAAGGAUAUUAAAGAUAAAGAAGAAAUAAAAGACAAAGAAGCUGAUCCAAAACAUCCAAGCCGUCCCGUUACACCAAAACCUCAACCAUCACCUGCGAAAGAAGUUCCUGCCGAUCCAGCGACAUGCGGGAUUGUGGCAAAUCAUAAUAUUCACAUUGAAAUGAAAUUGGAUAAUCAACCAAUUGGAAUACAAGUUGCUGGUGGCAGUGAUACUUUAGUUAAUACUGGCGUGGUAAUAGUUAACAUUAUACCUGGAAGUAUUGCCGACAAAGAUAAGCGAUUGCAGGUUUUUGAUCAAAUAAUUGAAAUCAAUACGACGAAGAUGACAUCGGAAAUGUCAAGUGAGCUUGUUCAAAGGGCGGUGAAAAUGACAAUUUAUCGAGCAGAUCCAGCUGAAGUUGAUACAAUUGAAGUGGAAUUGACGAAAAAAUCCGGAAAGAAUCUUGGUAUUGGAUUUUUCACAACAAAUCCUCGUGGAAUUCUCGUUACCGAUAUCAUUCCUGGAGGUCUCGCAGAUCUCGAUGGCCGCAUCCAAAAAAGUGAUAUUGUGACACAUGUCAAUUCAGAAAAUAUAAGCAAUAUGAAUUUGGAUGAUUGCUCGACACUUCUAAAAACCGUUCAAGGAAAAGUCGUUUUGAAGUUGCUGAGAGCAAAGCCGAAAAAGCGAACCAGUUAAAGUAAAAAACUCGAAGCCAAAGUUACAAGCUCUUAUGUGGACCUUUUCUUAUCCCUCCGGCAAGUUGGAUACAAGCUAAAGAGAGAUUGAAAAAAUAAAUAAAUAAAACUUAUGACAUAAGAAAAAGAAAAUUCUAAAUAACUAAGUUAAAUGUCAAAGAUUAGAUUUUUAAAUUUAUCAUCGUCGUCGGUCCUCUUCCACCCAUGAAAUAUAUUUAUAUAGAUAUAAUUAUAUUUUUUUGGAAAAGCAUGAAGUCGAAUCUAAUCAUGUGUGGAAACUCGGCGUUCAGCAGAAGGUUUUUACUAUCGUAAUCAUUGUUGCCUCUCCUACUUUUUGAUGUUCCAUUUUUGUUACAACAAGAAAAAAACUAACUUAAAAAUUAAUUAAAUUAUAAAAACAUGAAUCAAUUAUGUCAACAAAAACGAUGCUAAAAUUUUUGUUCAAAAUAAUGCAAUUUUAUAUUAUUCAGAAAGUCGAUAGGAAAAGAAGAGAAUAGAAAAAUAAAUUCAAAGUUUAUUGGUGUUGAUUAGUCGAUAAAAACGCAAAAACCACUAAGGAUAACAAGCAAAGCAAAGCAAAAAAAACUCCAUC